UUUUCGUAAAUCGUACUACGAUUGUGAUUAAUCAAUUUCAAUUUGUGACUGACUCGCGUUGAAUAAGCAGUGUUUUGUGUUUAUAAUUAUUAUAAGUUUCCAAUAGUCUUGAUAUUUCUGUUAAGUAUUAAAUUGAUUUCACCAUGCAGAUUUUCGUUAAAACCUUGACGGGUAAAACUAUUACGCUUGAAGUUGAGCCAUCCGACACCAUUGAAAAUGUUAAAGCUAAAAUUCAAGACAAAGAAGGCAUUCCCCCAGAUCAGCAACGCUUGAUCUUCGCAGGAAAGCAGUUGGAAGACGGUCGCACACUGUCUGACUACAAUAUUCAAAAAGAAUCUACCCUCCAUCUUGUUCUGCGUCUCCGUGGCGGUAUGCAGAUUUUCGUGAAAACUCUCACUGGUAAGACGAUUACCCUUGAAGUUGAGCCUUCAGACACUAUCGAGAAUGUUAAGGCUAAAAUCCAAGACAAAGAGGGUAUUCCCCCAGAUCAGCAGCGGUUGAUCUUCGCUGGCAAACAACUAGAGGAUGGUCGCACUCUCUCAGACUAUAACAUUCAAAAAGAAUCAACACUUCACCUUGUAUUGCGACUCCGAGGUGGUAUGCAGAUAUUUGUGAAAACUCUUACUGGCAAAACCAUCACUCUCGAGGUUGAGCCUUCUGAUACAAUUGAAAAUGUGAAGGCGAAGAUCCAAGACAAAGAAGGCAUCCCUCCAGACCAACAGCGUCUUAUCUUCGCUGGCAAGCAGUUGGAAGACGGACGUACUCUUUCCGACUACAACAUCCAGAAAGAAUCAACUCUUCAUCUUGUGCUCCGUCUGCGAGGUGGCAUGCAGAUUUUUGUCAAAACUUUGACUGGCAAAACCAUCACUCUUGAAGUUGAGCCUUCAGACACAAUUGAAAAUGUGAAGGCCAAAAUCCAGGACAAAGAGGGUAUUCCCCCUGACCAGCAGCGACUUAUCUUUGCUGGCAAACAAUUAGAAGAUGGCCGCACUUUGUCGGAUUAUAACAUCCAGAAAGAAUCCACACUGCACUUGGUACUACGUCUGCGAGGUGGUAUGCAGAUUUUCGUCAAGACCCUCACUGGCAAGACCAUCACACUGGAGGUUGAGCCAUCUGACACCAUUGAAAACGUAAAAGCUAAGAUCCAAGAUAAGGAAGGUAUCCCUCCUGACCAGCAACGUCUUAUCUUCGCCGGCAAACAGUUGGAAGACGGACGCACUCUGUCUGACUACAAUAUCCAGAAAGAGUCAACCCUUCAUCUUGUCCUCCGUCUGCGUGGUGGUAUGCAGAUUUUCGUCAAAACUUUGACUGGCAAAACCAUCACUCUCGAGGUUGAGCCUUCAGACACGAUUGAAAAUGUAAAGGCCAAGAUCCAGGACAAAGAGGGUAUCCCUCCUGACCAGCAGCGUCUUAUCUUUGCUGGCAAACAAUUAGAGGACGGCCGCACUUUGUCCGACUACAACAUCCAGAAAGAAUCAACUCUUCAUCUUGUGCUCCGUCUGCGAGGUGGUAUGCAGAUUUUCGUAAAAACCUUGACUGGUAAGACUAUUACUCUAGAGGUUGAGCCUUCGGAUACUAUUGAGAACGUCAAAGCCAAGAUCCAAGAUAAAGAAGGCAUCCCCCCUGACCAGCAGCGUCUUAUCUUCGCUGGCAAGCAGUUGGAAGACGGACGCACUCUGUCUGACUACAAUAUUCAGAAAGAAUCAACCCUUCAUCUUGUCCUCCGUCUGCGAGGUGGUAUGCAGAUUUUCGUAAAAACCUUGACUGGCAAGACUAUUACUCUGGAGGUUGAGCCUUCGGAUACUAUUGAGAACGUCAAAGCCAAAAUCCAGGACAAAGAAGGCAUCCCUCCUGACCAGCAGCGUCUUAUCUUCGCUGGCAAGCAGUUGGAAGACGGACGCACUCUGUCUGACUACAAUAUUCAAAAAGAGUCAACCCUCCAUCUUGUACUCCGUCUGCGAGGUGGUAUGCAGAUUUUCGUCAAAACUUUGACUGGCAAAACCAUCACUCUCGAGGUUGAGCCUUCUGACACGAUUGAAAAUGUAAAGGCCAAGAUCCAGGACAAAGAGGGUAUCCCUCCUGACCAGCAGCGUCUUAUCUUUGCUGGCAAACAAUUGGAGGAUGGCCGCACUUUGUCCGACUACAACAUCCAGAAAGAAUCUACUCUUCAUCUUGUGCUCCGUCUGCGAGGUGGUAUGCAGAUUUUCGUAAAAACCUUGACUGGCAAGACUAUUACUCUGGAGGUUGAGCCUUCGGAUACUAUUGAGAACGUCAAAGCCAAGAUCCAAGACAAAGAAGGUAUUCCCCCUGACCAGCAGCGUCUUAUCUUCGCUGGCAAGCAGUUGGAAGACGGACGCAGUCUUUCAGACUACAACAUUCAGAAAGAAUCCACCCUGCACUUGGUCUUGCGCCUUCGUGGCGGCAACUAAUUGAUCUAUUUUACUAUAUCCUACAAUGGUUUAUUUAUAUUCACAUUCAAAUUUCAAUUUUUCUGAUCAUUCCAAUUUCAAUAUCUAGGUAAUUCCAACAUUUUGAUUCAAUAAAUAUCUUUCACUUCCGAUAGUAA